GGAGGCGCAUUUAGGACAAGAAACCGCUGAACUAUUGCAAGGAGAAACUUGCGGAAAGAGAAUUUGUCAGCAGAAGACGCCAAGAGGGCAAAACUCUCGUCUUCUUUUGUUGUGUUUGAUGACACCCAAGUAGGACGAGGAGGAGCAGGACGCCAUCCGCUCUCCGCUCUCCGUCCAAGUCCGGGAAAAGUGCCCGAGGAGCUUCCGAUGGCGUGCUACUACAUCGUGAUCAGCUCCACCCACCUGCGGGACGGACAGCUGAGGAGCAUCAAAGGGGUGUUCCGGGGACCGAUCGGGGCCGACGCACGCAAAAACAACACAACGGACGAAGGCGCCUCCUCCCGUCUGUACUGCGAGCUGUGCGACAAGCAGUACGUGCGACACCAGCAGUUUGACAACCACAUCAACUCCUACGACCAUCACCACAAGCAGCGUCUGAAGGAGCUGAAGCAUCGCGAGUUCUACCGGGUGUUGGCCUGCAGGAGGCAGCGUAAGAGGAGGGAGGAACGCAGGGAGGGGCGCUUGCUGAGGAAGAAGAAGAAGAAGAAGGUCCAGCAUCAUCCUCAUCAUGAGGAGGAGAAAACGCAAGUGCGCUGCGCUCCGGGUUCGGGGCCAAUGUUCCGCUCCACCACCGUGGCGGUGGAGCCGGCGUGCCCGAUGGGGAAGCGAAGCGACGUCCGCGCCGACGGCGACGCCGUCGGAGCUCUGGGGAGAGAUCCUCAAAGCUCACUGCUCCUUCCUCUGGGAAGCCGACUCCUGAGCGACGCGCGGUGGCCGUACCGGCAACUGGACGACGGCGCCAUUACGUCCGGCGACGUCACGGGCGGAAACGGCGAGACCGGCCAAAGCGGAGCCCUUAACAAGCUCCCUUGGGCUCCCGGUUUCUUAAGCGACACCAUUAGAGCCACCAACAGCGAAAACAAAACCUCCGUCGCCAGCAGGGGACGCCCCGUUUGCUUCUCUCUGCCUAAAAGGAGCUGUGUUCUGCUCCACCAAUCAGCCGCCGUCUUCAUCCAAGCCGGGCGGAGUUCGCGAGACGGGCAGAAGACGACCCACGAAGUGGACAGAAAUGUCUCAUCACAGCGGAUCUCAGCUGCACCGUGUGGCCGUGCUUUGACCAGAGAACUGGACGACCCGAUGAACGCCGCGUUGUCUUUAUGUAACCACCAACACGGGACCGGAGCCCCUGUCCACGUGGGAAGCGGGACAGGUGCCCAAGACACUGCUGGAAGUAUGAUUAGACCGGCAGUCGUUGGUGAAUGUGGGACGGAAGCCCAAGACGGAGGUGGAAGUGGGCUUGGAGCCAAAGUUAGUAUCGGAUAUGGAGCCCGAGUAGCCGGCCAAAGCGGGACUGAAGACCAAACCGGUGAAGAAGGUCGGACAAGAGCCCAGAAUAAUGGCCGAAGUGGAACCGCGGCCCAAGUCAGUGGAACACAGACAACCGGUAGAAGUGGGAGUGUAGGUGAAGACAGGGGUGGAAGUAGAACUGUUGCCCAAGACAUUGAAGACUGUGGGCCUGGAGGCCAAAUCAAUGCAGAUGGUAGUACCAGAGCUGAGGCCUGUGGUCAAUCUGUGACUAAAACCGCAUCCACUGAAGAUAGUGGCCGAAGUAAGACUGGAGACCAAAUAAAAGGUCAAAGUGUCAUGGGAUCCCUAAUCAAUGCGGGAGGUAGUACCAGCACCGAGCACAGUGGUAGACGUGAAAUUGGAGCUGGAGUUAGUCACGGAAUUGAGACUAGAGCCAUCAGAAAUAGUGGUGGAAUCAGGACUGAAGGCCAUGCUACUUGUCAAAGUGGGCUAGGAGCCCAAAUCAUUCUAACACAUAGCACUCAAGUCCAGGAUCCAGCUGGAUCCCAAGUCAGUCUUGGUAGUGUCACUGGAGAGGAAGACUGGGACACAGGUGGUUCGGGACCCAAAGCUACUGAUCGACAUGAGACCGAAGCCCGUGACCGAGGUGGACCUGGGACUGGAACUGUCAAAGAUACUGGUGAUAGUGAGAUUGGAGCCCUAGUAUCUGGUCAGAGUGGGACUCCAACCCAACCAGGUAAUGAAGGUGGCACUGGAUCCAGCAAGGUUCCAGUCCUGCCACCGCCCACUUUGGAGUGUCAGAGUUCUGGCUUUGAAACCUCUAACAAAGGCGAUUUUGUCCAAAAGCUACGUUGUUCCGUUCCCGCCGUGAUCCAUCAAGCAGGAUUCGUGAACCAACCCAAAGACAUGGAUCAAAAACAAUCACCGAGUUCUACUCCAGGUCGGCCCAAGGAACCUUUCUGUCCCGUCCUGAGCCGCGACGGCAGCCGCGUCCUGCUGUGGCCCUCGGAGAUGGUCCGCUACACCAAGACGUCGCCCUCGCUCUCCUACAGCGUCAACCCGCUGCUGUACGAUUUCCGAGCGCACGGAGGCGGCCGGGGGGAACCGGGGAGGAGAAUAAAGCCGUCAGUGAUCAAACGGGACGGCUGCCAACACAAGUGGGAAAACGGCGGGGGAGGCGGCAGGAUAGAGUCAGAUGAAAGCCAGGACGAGAAUGAAGGAGGACAGGCGGGAAAUCUUCUGCCAGUCGCGGGCCGAGGCGAAGGCGGCGACGAAGUCGGCAAAGUGGUCGGCCCGUUUCCUCGUGCCGACGCUUUCGAAUCCGGCCGUGUUGGACUGGGGAAAAGAAAGAGGAGGAGGAAAAGGGGAGGGCUGAGGAAGAGGGGGAGAAGGAAAAGAGGAGAGGAGAUGAAGAGGAAAGAGCAAAGGAGGAGGGAGAUAAUAACUAGUCUUUGCGAGAUGGCAAGGCUGGAAAGAGAGGACGGCGGAACAGAAAAGCGGCUAUUAAGUCAUCUGGCGGCGCGGCGGAUGCUCGCAGGCCUCGGAAAGACGCCGAGGGGGGGGGGCCAGGGAGUGAUAGCGGAGAACGACGCGCUAUUAAGUCGUCUUCCCGCAAAUCGGUGUAAUCGCUGGAUGCAGGUGAACGCGGGGGCCGGCCCGCCUCGGUGCCGGCCAUUACCGUGCGGGCGGGGCCUCCGCGGGGGUGCGGCAUGUAAUGCGGCGAUUAGCCCCGCCACCCGGACGCCGCGCCGUCUGGCGACUACGGGGCCGCGGCGCAAACAUCAAGAUGGAGACGAGCGAGGGCGGCGAGAUAACAAGUGCGGGGAUCGGAGCGAGAUAAGCUCUCGGGAGGCGAGAGCGUGCGAGGCGGCGAUUAGCAGCUUCUCGUCCCCCCGCCGAGACGCAGCGUGCGAACGCCAAAUCCAUCUCUCGCCAUCAAAACACGCGGAAGCAGCAUGCGAUGCGGCGAUUAGCCCCGACCCCCUUUCUUUUAGAGGCCCAGCGUGUGCUCGCAGACAAACGGCGGCGGGACAUAAUCACCCCGUUGAUGCAGCAAAGCUAGAAAGUGAGCCGAGGGUCCCGCCGGGACGCACAAACACUGAACUCGGCUGCGAGGGUCUCUCACAGGAAGUGAGGCGCGCGGCAAAGAGGAAGCGGGCAGAGUGCCCGGAAAACAACGCUCGGAAGAAACGCAAGCGUGGACGACGACAAACCAGAAGAGUUGUCGGCUUCGGUUCGAAGACAACUUUGGACUUAACGGAAGGAAGCGGCAAAGAGGCGAAACCUGUCGAGACAGAUAAAGUACGCCCGGAUGCCAACGCUGAGCUCUGCCAAGAUAACGACAACGCCGUCGCCGACAAUGGAAUACUCGACAAGGCGCCUCCCGGGGAAAACACCCGUGAAGACGACAACACGGAACUGGAACGCCCACAGGGCAGCGGCAGCGGCAGCAGCAAGGAGACAAAUCCGAGUGACUUCUCACCCGACGGGACGGAUAAAGCGUGUCGGGAGGCCGGCGACGCGAGCCGACCGUCGCGCCUCGACGACGUCCCGGAAGGAUUUCGUCCCGCCCGUGGCCGUCGUCUGCGCCGCGAGAACGUCGACAACAACGUCGACGCGCCUCCAGAGGACACAACUCGUGAUGAUGUCACCGUCAGCGGUGAACGCGUGAGCCCGGGCGGUGACGCCCCCAUUUCGGAACCCAAACCUCCUCAAAGCGAGGGGGACGGUGACAGUCGGCAUUGCGAGAAGGACAAGUUGCCGGAUGUCCCCUCGCCGAAAGACUCUCAUCCGGCUGGGAGGCGUCACGAGGGCAGGACUGUGGAACUCGUCUACCCGGAGAAGAGGCCUCGUUUCCCCCACGGCCUCCCUCCGGGGUGCGUCCCCCUCCAGGGUCCCCUCCUCCUCCCGGCACCGUCCUCCUUCUCCUUCCACCACACGGUCAUCCACCACCACAUAUCCCUCCUUCCCCCGCCCCUCCCGCUCCCUUCGUACCCCCAACCCCUGACACACUUCGCCCCCCACCCCCUCGCCCUAAAUCCGCCACCGCCGCCCUCUUUCUUCGCCUCGCCGCCCAUCCGCCUCCUGGACUCUCCGUAUCCCCUGGGGACGGAAUUUCACCCGAUGCUGAGUCACCACCUCCUGGCGCCCCCACACCCCCCUGCCCUCCCCUUGCAGGUGUUGUUCUAGUCGCCAUCUCGGACAGGCUUUCAAGACUCGUAACCUCCCUCAUCACUCCGCAGUGAAGCCCCGCCCCUUUACGGCAGGAGAUACUUCCUGGAAAUCACGCGUGAUAGGUGAAAAUCUGCAGUAGAGAAACCGUCGAAAAUACGUACAACUAAUAAACCAACACUCACCUGCAUAUAUUCUUCAUCCUCUGCAAAGAGCAACUAAUAUUCAUGCAGGUUACCGAGAACCGUCUCCAUGUACAUAUCUGUGCUACUUUAUUUUUUUUUUUUCGAGUGCUAUUAUUUAAAACAUUCGAAUGGGCUACAAUGCUAUCGAAAAAGGUCCAGUCGGAAAUUUUCUAUUCAUCCAUCAUGGGGAACGUAAAUAAGUGAAUGAUUCCGAACGCAGUUACUGGUACAGUUAGGCGGCAGAUUUUUAAGCUUGCAUUUAAUUGCAUGGCCAUGAGGGGGCGGGGGGACAAAAUGAAUUUGAAAUGGGAUUGAUUUUGUUUCCAUGGCGACACGCGCACACAUGCCGAGCGAUUGUGUCAACCGGAGUCAGACUGCGCACAAUUGAAG